AGCGUGGCGAGCGACAGGCUGCCCCCGAAGACCGGCGCGGUGGUGAUCGACAUGGGCACGGGCCUCUGUAAGGUGGGCUUCGCGGGGCAGGCGCGGCCCACCUGCACCGUGGCCACCGUCCUGGGCUGCCAGCCCAAGGCCCCGAGGACCGCGGGCGCGUCCGGGCUCGACACGUUCAUCGGCGAGGCCGCCCGCGCGCGCCCGGAGCUGACGCUGGUGCAGCCGGUGCACGGCGGCGUCGUGGUGGACUGGGACGCCGCCGAGCUCAUGUGGCGUCACCUGCUGGAGCACGACCUCCGCGUGGCCCCCCGGGACCACCCGCUGCUGUUCUCCGACGCGCCCUUCAGCCCGGCCACCAACCGCGAGAAACUGGUGGAGGUGGCCUUCGAGGCGCUGCACUCCCCCGCCACGUACGUGGCGUCUCAGUCGGUGCUGUCCGUCUACGCGCACGGGCGAGUCAGCGGGCUGGUGGUGGACACGGGCCACGGGGUCACCUACGCGGUGCCGGUCUUCCAGGGCUACAACCUGCCCCACGCCAGCGAGCGCCUGGACCUGGCGGGCACCCACCUGACGGCCUUCCUGGCGGAGGUGCUGCUAGGGUCCGGCCUGUCCCUGGGCCCCCGGGACCUGGACACGGUGGAGACCAUCAAGCACCACUAUUGCUACGUGGCCUCCGACUUCCCGAAGGAGCAGGCCCGGCCGGCGCAGGAGUACAGGCGGAGCCUCAAGCUGCCCGACGGGCGCACGGUCACGCUGGGCCAGGAGCUGUUCCAGUGUCCGGAGCUGCUGUUCCAUCCCCCCGAGGUCCCCGGGCUGGCGCCCGUCGGCCUCCCCGCCAUGGCCCAGCGGAGUCUGAGCAAGGUGCCCCCGGAGGCGCGCGAGGACGCCGCCCGCCACGUGCUGCUGUGCGGGGGCUCCUCGCUCUUCGCUGGCUUGGAGGCUCGCUUCCGCGCCGAGCUGCUCCGCGUGCUGCCCCCGGAGGCCCACGUCGUGGUGUUGGCCCAGCCCACCAGGAACUUCUCAGUGUGGAUCGGGGGCUCCAUCCUGGCCUCGCUGCGCACCUUCCAGUCCUGUUGGGUCCUGCGGGAGCAGUACCAAGAGCAGGGUCCCCAGGUCGUGUACCGGAAAUGCUGCUGACCGGGCGGGGGAGGGGUGCGCAGUAA